AUGGUGCGCUUAUGCGCUGUAGUGGCGUUAUGCGCGCUCGUCGCGUGCGCCGGCGCUGCCGAGAGCUCCUCUCGUUUCCAACCAAGAAAACGUAAGACUGCGGACCUCCAGGCUGAUAAGCAGAUGGAAGUAGAUGAUAUGGUGAAUAACCUUCUGCAGUGGAUCCAGGGCCUUUACCAACAGAAGAACAGGAAAGCUCGUCAGUACUUCGGAGGGAAACCAGAGAAACCGAGGCCCUUUGAACCGGCAAAUAACUAUCUUCCACCUGCCACUGGAUACCCAGCUGCUGGAACCCGUCCAUCUCCAACCUACAACGAGGGACCUUCGCCCAGUCCCAGCCAGCCAUCAUACCAGCCCAGCGAGACCUACCAACCACCUGAACAGUCUUAUCAAUCGAGUUACAAGCCUAGUCUUCCUACACAACCAGCUUAUCAACCAUCUCAGCCAUCCUAUCAACCGUCUCAACCUUCUUACUCUCCUAGUCCAUCAACUCCUAGCUACCAGCCUAGUCCAUCUUCACCAUCUUACCAGCCGUCUCAACCAGAACAGCCAUCUCCAAGCUACCCAUCUUCUCCUAGCUACCAGCCCUCGCAGCCAUCUCAACCUAGCUACGACUACUCAAAACCAAGUUACCAACAGAGUCAGUCAGACCAAACCACACAAUCAAUCUACGUGUCAUCUGAAACUGGUAGCAUCAAUACUGGCUCCUCUAGUUCUAUUUCCACUUCUAGUUCAAGCUCUGGUUCUAGCAGUAUUAGCGGCUCCAUUUCUCAGACCACACAAACUCAAGUACAAGUUGACGAUGAAGACCGACACCCUCCACACAUUCACGAAAUUACAGUCGACUGUGGCAAGGAAAUGAUGACCAUCAACAUCGAAUUCAACAAAGUAUACAAUGGUCUCAUCUAUUCUCAAGAUCACUACAACGAACCUGAAUGCGUCUACGUUAGAGAGAACUCCAACCAGGCUAAAUUCUCCUUCACAGUCAGCUUGAACACCUGCGGCACACGAUUCUACAGCGAUUUCGAAAACGAGGGUCAAGCCUACUUAGAAAAUGUUCUUGUACUACAAAACGAAGUCGGUAUUCAAGAAGUCUGGGAUCACAUUAGGAGAGUCAGGUGUCUUUGGGAAGGGAACUUGAAGAAACAGCUGGUCCACUCCCUCAGUGUCGGCAUGUUGAACCAGAUCACUAGCAACUUCAGCGGAGAUACUGCUAUGGCUAGAUUAGACAUUCAAGUAGGUAGAGGACCUUUCGCUCCUGAAGCUAACGGUUUAGUCAAGAUCGGAGAAACUAUGACUUUAGUCGUAUCUGUGACUGGAGACGCUGGAUUUGACAUCCUCGUUAGAGAAUGUAUCGCUAGGGAUUCAGAGAGCCGUAAUGUUGUUCCUCUGACCGACAGCAACGGUUGCGUUCUGAAGCCCAAGGUCUUUGGUGCCUUCCAAAAAACACGAGACACUGGAAACACUGGUGCUUCAAUCAUUGCAUUUGCCUUCUUCAACGCUUUCAAAUUCCCUGAUGAAAUGGACUUGAUUAUUCAGUGUGAGGUCGAACUUUGCAAGACUGACUGCGACGUAUGCCCCAACCCUGGAAGUAUUGAGCCUAGGAGGAGACGACGAGACAUUAUCCAUGUUGGAAACAGCACGAAGGAACCUUCCACGAUUAUCGGUAAAGGAUUAAGGGUCGUUUUAGCUGAAGAUCUUCCUGAAGCUACAGGUUUCUGUUUAUCUCCUCCUGCUGCCUUAUGGGGUGGGUCUCUAGUACUCAUCUCGUCUUUGAUGAGCAGUAUCCUCGUCUCAUAUUGUUGGCAGAAGUCCCGAGGAUCUGCUAAGUUUUCGUAAAGUAUUAUAAACUGGCAUAUUUUACCUAUAUUUAUAGAAAUAUGAACCGUGUGCUGAAAACUCCAUACCAUUGUUGAAAUCCCAUAAGUAUUUAUAAAGAUGUAUGAAGGAAAUAUUUGCGGGAAUUUAAAGAAUAUAUUGUACAAUAUUAUGGUAGUGUAUAGUUGCAAAAUGAUCCUACUUAAAAUUGGUUGCACCAAACUUUUUAUGACAACCUAUCAGUUUCUUAAUUUUUUAUCUCUACCAUUUUUACUACAUUUAUUGCGACAUUUAUUACUACAUUUAUUAAAACCUUAUGACGAACGAAUGUACUUAUCCCAUUUCCAUUCUCACUGCCCAAGAUCACAUAAUGGAACGUUCAAGCACCAAAAGUUUUAUCAAAUUAUAAUGACGUUAGAACUAAGAAUGGAUUGCCUAUGUGAGUCUGCUAUGGGAAAAUCUGCAGUAUUCCACACAUUUGAUUGGUGCGUGAGAUAGCGUCUUGCGCUAUUCAGUUUUUUGUUUCCAUUCUUUUUAUUGUCAUUGUCUUCCGUCAGUAAAAUUGCGAGGCUUAUGCCAUUGGAGACGUCUAUAUGUUUGAAGUAUCUGCGAAUUCUUUAUUGUUCUUAGUCUUAUCAAUUUGAUUUGUGCUGUAAAUUAAGUACUGUAACAUACAAAGUUCUAUAUUAAUGGAUGACUCUAAAACUUGAGAUGCUAUUUACAUCAUCGAUACGUAGGUUUUUCGUUUGGUGGUAGUUUAGAAAAACCCACACAGAUGUGUGUCAAUGUCAAAUGCGUUAAAAUACUUAAAGUAUUGAAUUCAACACUGCCAAUACAAUGCUAUGUAAAUUAUAAGUUGUGUAAUGUUAAUUAGAACUAUGCAAUAACUCAUAGUCAGAUCCAUUGCACUUAUAAAGGUGCUAAGAAAAACAAUCAAACCUCUUUCUUUCUAUAUUUACGAAAGAAAAAUUACGAAAAAGUAUUUUUAGAUUAUCAACUUUAUCUUAUCUAAGUGUAGUUAUAAAAUACAAUGUAAC